AUGGCUGAAGCCAGGAGCGAUGCGGUGACUGGAGAUGGAUCCACGACUAAUGGACAAUAUCACAUACCGCUCGCCGUUCCGCCACCACCAGUACCGGGCAUAUCAGUUUUACUGCAGGUGCUGCACAAUUUUGAAGCUCGCACUCCCGACGAACUUACGUUGCGCAAGGGAGAACAUAUAGAGCUGUUGCAAAAGGACGACGAAUUCGGAGAUGGGUGGUAUAUGGGCCGCUCACUUGCAAAAAACGAAAUUGGGCUUUUUCCUCAAGUGUACACCACCCCAGUGACUACGACCAUGUUCCAGUCUUCAUCGAAGAAUACACAGUCAUCUGUCGCCCCUUCAUCGGCAGGUCCAAGUUCGAUUUCCACCGCCACAACAACCCCAAUUGCGGCUCAAACCUCGUCAACAUACACUCCUGACCCCCCUCGCCCGUCUUCGCCCGCAGAUUCCCACAUCUCAUCCUCGGACAUCGAUGAGCCGCAUGAUCAGACAGAACCUUUAGCUGUCGAGAAAGUUGCAACGGGGAGUAACACACCGACUGCUAGCACGCCGGGAGGAAGAUUGAUUCCUGCAGCAAUUAAUACAGAAGAUAAACAAAUAUACCCCCAGGGCGUGCGAAGUCCUGUUGUUGAAGACACUCUCAGUGAUAUUGAUGAAGCUAUAACCGAGAUCUCGAACUCACGUCAGCGUCGAGCUAGCAGGAUUAGUAACAGGCGUCAUACAUCGAUGCAAUCAACUGUUCCUACUCGAGCUCUUUCUCCUGCGGAAGAGGUCAUCGAAGAUUCGUCAUCAGAAUAUUCAAGGCAAGACAAUAUAGAAUCAAACUCAAACUCGGAAUUCGAGGACGACGAGGAAGAGGACGAGGCCGGCGAUCACGUAUAUCGAAACGAAGAUCUUACUAACCACGAAUACAUCUAUUCUGAGGCAGAAAUCGGAACUUGGACCCCUUACCAGGUUUCCCAAUAUCUUCAAAGCAGAAAUAUCCCGUCAGCGACUUGUCAAAAGUUUGAGGAGGAGGAAGUCACUGGCACAACGCUGUUGCAGCUAGAAAUGUCCCACUUAAAGGAGUUGGAGAUUGGCAGUUUUGGCAAAAGAUUUGAGGUAUGGAAAGAGAUCGAGAACUUGGUUAAAAAGGCAAAAACAGUUGUUCCGGCAGUAGUAAGGCGCAGUGGUAGCGACGCGAGGAUGUCGACAUCAAGCUACAACAGCAAAGAAAGUGCUCGUCAAAGGAGCAGCACGGUUACUGGCGGAACGGUAUUGCCGCGAAUUCAAAAUGUCAAUGUGCUUGGACAUGGGCCUCUCCACACUCCAAUGACCGCAACAAAUUCGACUACUCCUUCUGCGCCACCACCUUACGCAGGUGUUUUUGAGGCUCCCCGGUCCCCUCCAAUCUCCCCACAGCGAAAUGCAGAUACGGCUGGGCAUUAUCGUCGGUCGAGUGGUAAUAGACGUCUCUCUAGCCAGGAACUGCCAGCUACUGCUCUUAACGCGGCUUUGUCAGCGAGUGCUGCCGUACUUACAGCUGGGGGGAAUGAUGGAGUCUCGCACCAACGAGGUGGAUCAUUCGAUAGGAAUUGGUCGAUUCCAUCGUUCGGAGGAGGACUCAAGUCAAGUGGUGGGACAAAAGCGCCAGAGAAUGGGCAUAAAUCGAGUAACAGUAUUGGUACUGGAGAUUCAGUUUUAACUGCAGAUAGUGGGUUCUCGGGAUCCCAAACCCAUGCCCCCAAAGUGACAGAACGUAGCUACUUUUCAAGCGGAGAAUCCACCCCCAGAGAGCGUAAAGUCUUGCAAAAGAAGAAUGGGGCUCACAGCCGUCAAUCGAGAAUCGGGAGCGCAGGCUCAUCGGUCGAAACAUCGCGAAAACCUUCGCCAAUCGUUACGGCGGCCCAAGCUUACCAUGCUCGUGGAAGUAGCAAAGAUAAGAAACGGAUGAGUUCAUUUAGUGGAGCUCCUGAAGGAUUCCCAUACGAUGCUCCAAGGCUUUCACCAUCCCCGUCGAAUAAGAUAAUCAGUCCCCCAAAGAGGAAUGCUGAUGAAUCAACCAUCGGCUUUGCGUUAUCACCCAGCACACCACCACCUUUACCAAAUUCUCGCUCAUUAUCCGAGCAACUAACUCCUCAAGGUGAAUCUGGUGGUCGUAGUUUCAAUUCGCUGGACGGUUCAACUCCUUCUAUUAGCGCAACAAUAGCCUCAGACCCACUGCGUAUUGUUACACCUGGUACUCCCGAAAAACCACCAAAGGUAUCAUCAUCCGCGGGCCGUCGUAUCCGUGGCGUUUCGUCGGGAACUGCCCUCCGUACAAAGUCAAAAAAGCAUAGUACUAGUGCUUGGGAGAAAGGCCUUCGUGAAGUAACUCCUCGAGAGGCGGCGGAAACGGCUGACUACAGCGGCUGGAUGAAAAAGCGUGGGUCCAGUGGAAUUGGUGUUUGGAAGUCUAGAUUUUUUGUGUUGCAGGGUCGUAGAUUGUCUUAUUUCUAUUCAGAGCGUGAUACUAAGGAAAGGGGAUUGAUUGACAUUACAUCCCAUAGAGUACUCCCGGCGACGGAAGACAGGCUUGUCUCUUUGCAUGCAUCCUUUGCUGCAGCAACAAGCCCAAGUGCAAGUCCUGCUAUUCCAGCCUCCGGAUCCCCGCAAACAUCAACUACAGAUACUGGUGCACAGAAAUCGCCAACAUCACCAUCCUCAAAAGAAAAGGGUAAAGAAGUCGAAAAAGAUAAAGGGUGGUUCACGUUCAAGCUCGUCCCUCCUGCUCCUGGUGCCACCAAAGGCGUUACGUUUACCCCGCCAAAGCUUCACUACUUCGCAACCGACACUCGAGAUGAUGGGAAAAAGUGGAUGGGCGCUAUUAUGAAAGCAACUAUCGAUCGAGAUGAAUCAAAACCAGUCAUAUCCAGCUACAAUGCAAAGACUAUAUCACUUGCAAAGGCUAGAGAGCUAAGAGCUCGCCCUCCAGAUUUGUUGAAGGAAGGCGAAGAGGACCAGGAUUCGUUAUCGGACUUAUUGAGCGCGGGAUUGGCGAUAUCUGGGGUAGAUCUGGGAGUUGCAGCAGGGCAGGAAGCGCAGGAAGCGGAGGAGGCGGAGGAGGCUGAUGUGGAAGACGAGAGGGAUGAAGUGCUAGAAGGAACGGAAUCCGGGCUUGGCAAGGUGGAUAGCAUCAGUAGUUCGGCACCCUCCCGGGAAACAGGUGACCCAACUGAGGGAGAUGUGCAGGGAGAGAAGAACACGUCAAAUCCAUCUAAGUCCAAUGGGGUUGCAGCAACGACCGAUCUGAGUAUUGUUGCGUAA